AUGUCCACACGAACUUUGUAUCUGAUCAUCUGGCCCGCUCCAAAGAACCAGCGAGCUCACUUCGGUAUUUGGGCGCCAGACGAAGAGGACGGUCUUGUUGGGACAGCGAUCCACGUUGUUGGAACACCAAUGUCAGGUUUCAAGCUGGAAUUCAAGCGCAAGUAUGACCAUACGAAGACAGCUCGCGCACCACAAUUGGUACCGCUCGGUGAAGUGCAAGAGGAUUUGAUUCACAAGUGGGACGGCGAAAGGAUGGACCACUACACCGCAAUGGGUACUCUCGAGAAGAUAGCUGAGCAGGUCCCGCCACCUAGGAAGAGCGAAAACUUCCUCGCACCAGUGAACGAUGAGUGGACGAUGGACUAUGUGCGCCGCCUCGUCCAGAAAGGUUAUCUUCAGGAAUCGGCCAUUGAAACGGUCCAGGCAAGGCGAGACCCCCCCAAUGUUGGUAUCGGGCUUCGACCUGCUGCAGAGCGUCAACAGCAGGCCGCAGAGCAAGCAGGGCCACAGAACGAGUGA